CAGACUACCUCAGCCUUAAGAAAGAGGCAAACUAAAUUAAGAAAUGGAGAGGCGGAGUACUUCUCUUAUCAUCUACGGAUUUGCCUUAAUCACAGUUCUCUAUUUCAUCCCAGGUUGCCUUGCCGCAAGACAGUUAUUAGAUUUUCCUCCUCAAUACAAUCCUGUUGGUGAAGAUCAUGAACAUGAUGACCAAAGUAAAAGCGGCGUUCACGGUAGUGUAUCAGAUCAUGCUGGUUCCGCCACUGGUGAUACUCCUCCCGGGGGAGGAGUCAACGGGCCACCUUCGCCCACCUCAUAUCAAAUGAAUAAUAAUCGUGUGACAAACGGGAGGAGUUGUCAAGUAGUUCAAACGGUUGACGCUUAUGGUAAUAAAAAAACUGUUACUUCUGGUAAUGGUUGCAAUAAUAAUGGUAAUUACGUGGGCGGACAACAGAAUGGCGAAGCAUAUUAUUAUGCCCCCCCACCGCCGGAGUAUAAUGGGUACCGUUAUUACUACAGUCCUCGUUCAGAGAACGGAACCUCAGGUUACCCUUAGUCUGGUUGCGAGCUCAUAGCCAUGGAUAUAUAGAAAAAUUAACAAACUACGGCAGGCAGUAUGGGCUUUUCGUUAUUGUGACUGUUAAAAUGAAGAUGUUUUGUUCUCAUGUUUGAUCGAUGUAAGCUAAUGGAAAUAACUUCACCUCCGUGUUUGGUUAGACUUCUCUAGGCAAACGCAUUCAGUUCCUUCGUGUAUUUUGAUACGAUUAAAGUGAUGGUGUCUUAAUAAGAGCUCCUUCUUAUUAUUUGAA